AUGGCUACUGAUAUCCGCCGUAUGUGGUGGUUAUUCCCACCGGCCGACGGUGGGACUGCAGUGGCCGGAACGGCAGCAGCAAAAGGAGGAAGUAGGUGGAGUAGUUGGAAUCAUUUUGGCUGUAACAUUGAUGAGAAUGUCAUAAGAGAAACUGCUGAUGCCUUGGUUUCAACUGGUCUUGAUAAGCUUGGAUAUAAGUAUGUUAAUAUCGCAGAAAACUGCAGUUAUUAUACUUGCAGCAGAAAAAUGCCUGGUUCACUUGGUCAUGAGGAACAAGAUGCAAAAUCUUUUGCAGCAUGGGGAAUUGAUUAUUUGAAGUAUGACAAUAGCAACCAUGAUGGAACAAAGCCAACUGUGCGGUAUCCUGUAAUGACAAGAGCUCUCAUGAACGCUGGACGGCCUAUCUUCUUUAGUCUUUGUGAAUGGGGUGACUUGCAUCCGGCAUUGUGGGGUGGCAAAGUAGGUAACAGUUGGAGAAACACAAUCGAUAUUCAGGAUACAUGGGAAAGCAUGAUUUCGCGAGCAGACCAGAAUGAAGUUUAUGCAGACAUUGCGCAACCUGGUGGUUGGAAUGAUUCUGAUAUGCUUGAGGUGGGAAAUGGAGGAAUGACAAAGGAUGAAUACAUUGUCCACUUUAGUCUCUGGGCGAUUUCAAAGGCUCCCCUUAUCAUCGGUUGUGAUGUGAGAAACUUAUCAAAUGAUACCAAAGAAAUACUUGCCAACAAGGAGGUCAUUGCUGUGAACCAAGAUGAAUUAGGUAUCCAGGGAAAAAAGGUUAGAAUGCAAGGCGAUCUCGAGGUGUGGGCAGGGCCUCUAUCAGGCUAUAGAGCAGCUCUAGUGCUUCUCAAUCGCGGCUCAACUAAAAUAGAAAUAACAGCUCUCUGGGAAGACAUUGGGAUUCCUCCUAACAGUGUUGUAGAGGCAAGAGACCUUUGGGAGAUGCAACACAACACAUUGGAGUCAAGAUUUGCGGGGAAUUUGACAGCAACAGUGAACUCUCAUGCAUGCAAGAUGUAUGUAUUGAAGCCUAUUGCUUCAUGAGGAUUCA